CAUCUAUAUACAUUCAUAAGUUCACGUACGAAAGCAAUUGUGUGGUACGAGGACUCUCGUUCGUGUAACAUUUUCUUCUAGCGAUUGAGAAUUUUGUAAAAACAUAACAGAAUCAUAAUCAAAUGAUCGGAGUACCAUCGAUAAAAAAUCUACGAUCCUCGGCUUCGAUAUCAAUACAUCCCACAUCUUGAGUUCGAAGGUUGACACGAAGUGAAAUAGAUUUCAUCGGAUAAAACUUUGCACUCUUUUUUAGAACUUUCAAUUGAGAUGAGAUGGAUACAUAGUCGAGUGCUGAAGAGUGAGCAAGCGAAAGACCCGAGGUCGAAAAGUGCAAGUGAAACGGAUAGACCUCUCUUAGUUAAAACAGGAAGCCAAGCGAAGAUUGGCGAUGAUUAUAUCAGAAUGAUGUGCAAUACUUAAUGUUAACGAGGAAGCCAUUAGUAUAUAAUAUUAAAAUAUUGGAAUCAAAAUAGAAAUUAAAACAUAGAAGUAAUAUAAUAUUAUGGUAAUAAAAGGAUAUACGUAUAUCUAUUAAUUAAAUACAAGCUAUUUAUAUAUAUGCUAAUGUCGAUCCUGCAUUAUAACUGUACAAAGGUGUAUUAGAGAAACAAAGAGAGAGAGAGAGGAUAUUAAUCAACUAUAUUCUGCGGAUUACAAAGCCUCCAAUGAUGUUUUCUUCGGGUCUUAAUUGUAAUCUCUCUUUCCCUAGUUGUUUGGGUUAUCCGCAAGAUAGUGAGGAAUUGAUCCCAAAAAUGGCACGUGAACCAAUCAUUCUUAAUGUUUAUGAUAUGUAUUGGAUAAAUGAAUACACUACACCUAUUGGUCUUGGUGUGUUUCAUUCAGGAGUGGAAAUAUAUGGAACAGAAUAUGCAUAUGGUGGACACGCACAACCAAGAAGUGGCAUUUUUGAAAUCACACCUAGGGUCGCUGAAGAAUUAGGCGAACAAUUAGAUAUAGUUAUGUCAAUUUUUUUGUUUUAUAGACAAUCCGUUCAUAUUGGAUAUACAGAUUUCACAGAGGAAGACGUUUCAAGGAUUAUUACAGAGUUGGGGAAAGAUUUUAGAGGAGAUCGCUAUCAUUUGAUGAACAAAAACUGUAAUCACUUCAGCAGUCAAUUUACAUUGAUUCUGUGUGGACAGGAAAUACCCGGUUGGGUGAAUCGUCUAGCAUAUUUCAGUUCGUGUGUACCGUUUCUCCAACGUUGUUUACCAAAGGAAUGGCUGACGCCUGACGCUCUGCAGCAUUCUCUUAGCCAAAUUAGUCAUCACGAGAGUACACCACCAUCGGAUACUUCAUUGUAACAUUUAAUUAACGUUGUUGAGACGCCCGGUCUAAAAUACUGUAGGAGUUAUACAUUCUAGGUAAUAUUAAACAUGACGAGGAAAAAAAUGAGCAAAAAUGUUAGAGUUAUGACUUUGCCAAGAUUUGAAAAUUUAAGAAACUAAGCCGUCGAAGCAAGGUACAAAUUUGAUAUUGUACACUUGAAUGCGACAACUGCUAACAAUUAAUACAAAAAAAAAUAAAAGAUUGCCUUUGUUGCAAACGUGUCUCCCGGGAUGGCAAUCUGCAAA